AUGACUGAUCCCUCUUUCUGGCCCCUAACAGAGAGGCCCUCAGAGGGCCAGGGUGGGGCUGUCCAUGGCCUUAUCUCUGUGCCUUCUGAAAGGCUCCUCAGUCCUGGGCUCCUCGACAUGGGGGGACCUUGCCUUCUUGCCUUACUAAUCCUGCUUCGGGUAGCCACUGGUUGUGGCCAAGAGGUCCAUGGGCCCUUCUGGGUUCGAGUCUUGCCAAAAGAGACGAAUGUACCUCCUGGCAGCUCUGUUUGGAUUAACUGCAGCACAAACUGUGUCCAGCCUGAAGCUUGGGGGUUGAAUACUUCUCUGAUUCAGGGCAAAACAGAGACAGGGCUCGGCUGGGCUGCUUUCCAGGUGCUGGAUGUGAGGGCCUGGGAUUCAGCAGCCCAAUGCUUCUUCACUUGUGCUGGAGAGACCCAAGAAGCCACUGCCACAAUCAAGGCCUACAGGCCCCCGCAGAGUGUGGUUUUAGAACAGCCACCCCCCCUUGAUGUGGGCACCGAGUUCAAGUUUCGCUGUCAUAUGUCCUUUGUGUUCCCUCUGGAGAAGCUGACUAUAAUCCUGAAGCUUGGGGGUCAAGCCCUGUACUCUGUUAACUUAGCUCAAUCAGGCUACCGCUCUGAAUCAGCCAAUGUGACCUGGACUAAGUCGUUCCUACCCCGCCUCCAAGACAUGGGCCAGCUCAUGUCCUGCCAUGCACAGCUUAAUCUUACUGGCUUUCUGGUCAUUCGAAGCUCCAAGCCAGUGAGGCUGCACUUCCGAGAGAACCUGAUGUCUAAAGUGGUAGCCUGGGUCUCUCUAGGAGCUCUGGCUGGGUUCCUGCUCCUUACAGCUUCUGGUGUGUUUCUCUGGAAGCCCAGGGGGCACCCCACUGGGAGAACUCCUGCUGGGAAAGUCUGAUGGACAUUGAUGUGUCUGACCUCAAGAAAUGGCUGGGCAAAAAAAAAGGCAGAAACCUAGCCACAGGUAGUGCCUUUGAACCUACUGCUUCCUAACAGGCUGGGCAGGAUCUUUCUGGCACCUCCUUUUCUUGCUGCCCUCUCUCCUCUCUCCCCCCCCACCCUCAGCUAGCAUCUAGGACCUGCUUAAAUUUAGGGAAACUUGACUUCCCUGGGCUCUGUACUCCAUCCAGGGACUGUCACAGAUUCCAGGUUAUUGAGCUCUGGAGACCCACCUGAUGGAGAGGAAAGACUUUCUGGUCGAGUCCAGCCACUAGGUUCGAGUCUAUCUGUUAGCUGUGAACCUUAGU